CGUUUGGGUUCACCAGCAUUUUCCUAUGGUCAUUUGACGGUAUCACUUCGGCUGCGAACAUGCCUGAACCAGCUAAGUCAGCUCCCGCCCCGAAGAAGGGCUCCAAGAAGGCGGUGACCAAGGCACAGAAGAAGGAUGGCAAGAAGCGCAAGCGCAGCCGCAAGGAGAGCUAUUCCGUGUACGUGUACAAGGUGCUGAAGCAGGUCCACCCCGACACCGGCAUCUCGUCCAAGGCUAUGGGGAUUAUGAACUCCUUCGUCAACGACAUUUUCGAGCGCAUUGCAGGCGAGGCUUCCCGCCUGGCGCAUUAUAACAAGCGCUCGACCAUCACUUCCAGGGAGAUCCAAACGGCUGUGCGCCUGCUGCUACCCGGGGAGCUGGCCAAACACGCGGUGUCGGAGGGCACCAAGGCGGUCACCAAGUACACCAGCUCCAAGUAAACUAGUUACCUGGGUAAAAGCGCCAACGACCCAAAGGCUCUUCUAAGAGCCACCCA